AACUACAAGUAUCAAGCUAAGAUGUUGUCUUCGAGUGAUUUACUGUAUGUAAUGUGGAUGGUGGCGUCUGUAUCUCGCGUGAUCAUGUCUCUUCUUCAUGUGGUUCCCUGCAUAAUUUCUUCCAUUUUCUGUCAUUCAGUUGAGUAAACGGCUGCUGCCAUGUGGGAUUUGGCCCUGGUGUGUUGUUGGAGAUGUGUCACCAGGAAGUAAUGCCAUUCUGAAACCAAUCAUUUACUUGUCUCUCUGCGUGGGCUGGGCUGAACAGCAUCAAUGGCGUUCCGGAAGGCCUUGAAAGGGACAGCUAUCAUCGGGACCGGGGCGGCCGCUGCUCUUCUGGGCCUAUCACAACUGUCGGAAUACAGAAAGACACAGAAUAAAUGGGCACGGCUGGCGUACGUAGCGGCGGAGGGGGAGUUAAAGCAGCCAUUUAAAGAUGAGCUCCCAACCAGACAGGCUCAGCUCUCCACCCUGCAAGACACCGAGGAGUUUGACGUCCUUGUCGUAGGGGGAGGGGCCACGGGCUCCGGAUGUGCCUUAGACGCUGUCACACGCAACCUCAAGACUGCCCUGGUGGAGAGGAAUGAUUUCUCAUCGGGGACCAGCAGCCGGAGCACCAAGCUCAUCCACGGGGGAGUACGAUACCUCCAAAAGGCCAUCAUGAAGUUAGAUUACGAACAGUACAUGAUGGUGAAAGAGGCUCUCCACGAGCGCUCCAACCUGCUAGACAUUGCCCCUCAUCUGUCUGCUCCACUACCCAUCAUGCUCCCUGUUUACAAAUGGUGGCAGCUGCCGUACUACUGGGCUGGUAUAAAGAUGUACGACCUGGUAGCUGGAGGCCAGUGUCUGAAGAGCAGUUAUGUCCUCAGUAAGAACAAGGCUCUGGAACUCUUCCCCAUGCUGAAGAAAGACAAGCUGGUGGGAGCCAUCGUCUACUAUGAUGGACAGCAUAACGAUGCUCGUAUGAACCUGGCGAUCGCCCUGACAGCAGCCAGACAUGGUGCUGCCAUCGCUAACUACACAGAGGUGGUCCACCUGCUGAAGAAAACAGACGCAGGGACGGGCAAGGAGAAGGUCUGUGGGGCGCGCUGCAGGGACGUUAUCACAGGAAAUGAAUUUGACGUCAGAGCCAAAUGUGUCAUUAACGCCACGGGACCGUUUACUGACUCUCUGAGGAAGAUGGACGAUGGGAAAAACACUAACAUCUGCCAGCCCAGUGCUGGGGUUCACAUAGUUAUCCCUGGUUAUUACAGUCCUGACAACAUGGGUCUCCUGGACCCGGCAACCAGCGAUGGCCGUGUCAUCUUCUUCCUGCCCUGGGAGAAGAUGACCAUAGCCGGGACGACGGACACGCCCACUGACAUCACCGCCCACCCCAUCCCCAGGGAGGAAGACAUCAACUUCAUCCUGAACGAAGUCCGCAACUACCUCAGCCCUGAUGUAGAGGUGAGGAGAGGAGACGUCCUGGCAGCGUGGAGUGGUAUCCGUCCUCUGGUCACUGACCCCAACUCUAAAGACACCCAGUCCAUCUGCAGGAACCACAUAGUCAACGUCAGCGACAGCGGCCUGGUCACCAUUGCAGGUGGGAAGUGGACAACGUACCGCUCCAUGGCAGAAGAGACCCUGGACGCCGCGGUUGCAGCCCACAGGCUGGGGGGCGGGCCCAGUAAGACAGUGGGCCUGGUGCUGGAGGGGGGCCAAGACUGGAGCCCCACCUUGUACAUCCGACUGGUGCAGGACUACGGCCUGGAGAAUGAGGUUGCCCAGCACCUGGCGGCGACGUACGGGGGGAAAGCAUUCGACGUGGCCAAGAUGGCGCGGGUCACUGGGAAGAGGUGGCCCAUCGUAGGGAAUAGACUGGUCUCUGAAUUCCCUUACAUUGAGAGUGAGGUGAGGUAUGCCGUUAAGGAAUAUGCCUGUACGGCCAUCGAUGUGAUCGCCAGGCGCACACGGCUGGGUUUCCUCAACGUGCAGGCUGCUGAUGAGGCUCUGCCACGCAUCGUAGACAUCAUGGGCAAGAUGCUGGACUGGAGCGACAAAAAGAGGACGGAGGAGCUGGAAGCUGCUAAGAAGUUCCUGUACCUUGAGAUGGGCUACAGGUCCCGCUCUGAGCAGCUGACCGGGACCACAGAGAUCACACUGGACACACAGGAAGUGGCAAAGUACACAAACCGGUUCCACAAGUUUGACAAAGACAGUAAAGGCUUCAUCACCACAGUGGACGUUCAGAGGGUCUUACAGAACAUCAGUGUCCAGAUUGAUGAGAAUGCUCUCCAUGAAAUCCUCAACGAAGUGGACCUCAACAAGAAUGGACAGGUGGAGCUGAAUGAGUUUUUACAGCUGAUGAGUGCUGUGAAGAAGGGCCAGGUGUCUGACAGCAGGUUAGCCAUCCUGAUGAAGACCGCUGAGGAGAGCCUGGACCUGAGGGGACCUGUGACUGUGGACCGCAGUGGAGGAGGGGUGUGAGGGGAACCCGUCCACACCGCACCACCGCACCGCACCACCGCACCGCACCACCACACCGUACCUCCGUACCACCACACCGCACCACCACACCGUACCACCGUACCACCACACCGUACCACCACACCGCACCACCACACCGUACCACCGUACCACCACA